UACUUUAUUUAUUGUAUAUGUACGCGUCAUCAACAACCCCAAAGCAAAGCACUCCCUUAUUUUAAUUUAAAGACCACAAUACUCCAAAAUAGACAACAACACACAAACACACACAAUACACAAAAUUCAACUCUUGCUGUUGUUAUUGCUUCUACUACUAACCUAAACAAUAAAAACAUGUUUCCACAACAAGGUGCUGCUGGUGGUGGUGGAGGAGGAGCACCACCACACGGUAUUCUUCUAGCAGUGGUGGUAGCUAUAGUAGUAAUCGUUCCUUUCCUUCUCGGAGAUCAAGGAGAAGCCGUGACUGAAGCUAUAUCUGAGCUACUAAGUCCAUUUGGUCUUCUUCUUUUACCAAUCAUCCUUCUACUCACGAUUCAGUUUCUGUCAUCUGAACGUGGAUCUUUCAUCUCAGCUAUUUUCUCCACCGGAGAACCUGAUUCAAUCCACCGUGUUAGUGGUUCACCCUUCGGCGUUGCUCUCUUCCUUAUUCUCAUUCUUGUACUUUUGUAUAACAAGGUUUCUAUCUUCGGUGGUGAUGAUUCAGAUGAUUGAAACUCUACAUUUGUUUUUUCUAGAUCUCAAUUUCGCUUUUAUUUGCUUUUCUAAUAAAAAAAACCGCGCUAUUUUGUACA